AUGGAAGACGAGGGUUUCCUGCUCAGCAACACUCCCAGCGUUGGAACCAGGAACUCUGGUGGAGACCAGACGGUUCCUGCUGAGGGUUUCCCUGCAGCCAACACUCCUCCCACCGUUAGAACCUUCACCACCACUGAAUCUGAAACCUCGUUCGAUGAUAAGUCCGGUUCUGGCUUCUCCGGGGACGGCCAGGAAACCGAGCCACCAAUGUGGGAAACUUCAGCCCAACCCGGCAGCCUGGAGGUUCUGCCUCCUCCGGAUCUGGAGCUGGAUGGAGAUGAAGAUGUUGCUGCAACAGAAGGUCUAGUUUCAGAGAAAGAUCAAUCUGCAGAAACUCAGACUGACCCGGCUCCAGGUUCAGAAGAAUCGUCUGCAGAUUCCGAAGAACCAUUUCUGGUUCCAGACUCCACUACGGACCAAACACUCGUAUCCCUGACUCCAGGAACCCUGAGUGAGGAGCUAUCGAUGCUAACGGUGGAAUCAUCUGGACUCAGUGAGGACUACACCCUGACCAGGCCACUACCUGAAACUUGGACCUGGGAACCUGCUGUUGUUGCAGAUACAGAUACAGAUACUGACCUUCAGGAAACCACUGGAGUAAAAGAGCUACCAGCAGUUACAGCUGCACCUGAACAGGAAGUGCCAGGCCAGGAGGGGAUGGAGGUUUUCAUCGCCCCUGAAGUACCAGAGAACAUUUACACCAAAGCUCCACCAACAGCCGAUUCGCCGGUCUUCGUAGAGGCCGUCACUGCCGGUGAAUUCAGCUACGAUUCAACGUCCAUUUCUGAACCGGAGAUCUUCCUCGAGGACCAGGAACUUUUUCUGCCAGGAACAAAAACCCACGACGAGGUCGAGAUCCUGGAGGAGCAGCAUGUAGACGCCAUCUUCACUACGACCUCGGCUACGACGGCGGCGGUUCUGGACCAGGAUCUGGUUGAGGACGAGGUCAUGGUCGUCACGACGACGGCGACGGUGCUGGACCACGACCUCGUUGAGGACGAGGUCACGGUCGUCACGACGACCAGCACACCGGUUUAUACUCCGGACCAAAGCAUCGCGCUAUCGCCUGAGAAGGACUCACCCUUCACCAGAGUUUCUGAUUCUGUUCCAGAGGACGAGGAUCUGUUUCCCCACGAACACCUGGACGAUGUGACGGAUUCUCCAGUAAACGAGGAUCUGUUCCCUCAUGAACACCAUAACCUGGAAAACCUGGACGAUGUGACCGAAUCUCCAGUAGAAACUCUGUCCUCAGACGACUCUCCAUCGUUGGUCGCUGAAGAAUCAGUGGAAACCGAAGUAGAACCUUCAGAUUUGAACGUAGAAUCAAUAGAAACCAAAGUAGAACCUUCAGAUAUGACGGUAGAAUCAAUGGGAGAAGUAGAAGCUUCAGAUGUGAAGGUGGAAUCAAUAGAAAUAGAAGGAGAACCUUCAGAUUUGAAGGUAGAAUCAAUGGGAGAAGUAGAAGCUUCAGACGUGACGAUAGAAUCAAUGGAAACUGAAGUAGAACCUUCAGUCGUUGAGGUCACACCUUCAGGGGAACCAGCAGGAUCUUUCAUAGUUGACGUUGAACCUUCUGGAACAAUCGACAAAGUCGAUGAAGAGGGAAUGGAAACUUUGGGUAGCAACCUUUCAAGUGAGGAAGUAGAACCUUCUGAAGCAAAAGGAGAACCGUCUAAUGGAGAGGAAGAACCUUUGGGAGUCGGAGAAGAAUCUCCCGGAGGAAAAACAGAGCUUUCAGGAGUAGAAAUAGAACUGCCAACCAUCGAAGUAAAUCCCUCUAGUGAGGGAAUAGAAGCUUCUCAAGAGGAGGUAGAACCAUUGGCAGAAGUGGAAUCCCUUGGAAUUGACGUAGAACCUUCAGGAGGGGAAGUAGAACCUUCUGGAACCGUAGAGGAACCUUUUGGAGGGGAAGUAGAACCUUCUGGAACCGUAGAGGAACCUUUUGGAGGGAAAGUAGAACCUUCUGGAACCGUAGAGGAACCUUUUGGAGAGAUAGAUGACGGAGAUUUCCGUCAAGGAAGCGCUAACAGCAGCUCUUCAGCGUUGGACCUCCAACCUUUGGACCCGGAGUUCUCGGACCUGCCUGGCAUCGACGUUAGCAUCGACCUGCUGCAGUACGGCGGUGUAGCACCCGAAGGUGGUGUAGCACCCGAGGGCGACAGCGGCGGGUUCUCCAGCGGAGUUUUCUCCAGCGGAGCGCAGGGCUCGGACCUCGGCGUUGCCUUGCCCAACAGACCCGGCAGAGCCCUGACGGUCUUCUUCAGCCUCCGGGUCACCAACAUGGUGUUCUCCAUGGAUCUGUUCAACAAGAGUUCCAGCGAGUACAAGGCUCUGGAGCAGAGAUUCAUCCAGCUGCUGUCCCCGUACCUGCAGUCCAACCUGAACAACUUCCAGAACCUGGAGAUCCUGAACUUCCGGAACGGCAGCAUCGUGGUGAACAGCAGGAUGCGCUUUGGUAAACCGGUUCCCCGCGGCGUCACCAACGCCGUCUACCUGAUCCUGGAGGACUUCGCCAACAACGCCUACCAGACCAUGAACCUGUCCAUCGACAAGUACUCGCUGGACGUGGAGUCAGGCGACCGGGCCGACCCCUGCAAGUUCCAGGCCUGCAACGACUUCUCGCGCUGCCUGGUGAACCGCUGGUCGGGCGAGGCCGAGUGCGUGUGCGACGUGGGCUACGUUAGCGUGGACGGGCUGCCCUGCCAGAGCAUCUGCGACGUGAAGGACGACUUCUGCCUCAACGACGGGAAGUGUGACGUCAUCCCGGGCAAGGGCGCCAUCUGCAGGUGUCGGGUCGGGGAGAACUGGUGGUACCGCGGCGAGCACUGCGAGGAGUACGUGUCGGAGCCGCUGGUCGUCGGCAUCGCCAUCGCGUCGGUGGUUGGAUUCCUGGGCGGCGCCGCCGCCAUCGUCUUCUUCCUGGCCAGAACGCUGAGGGAGCAGUACAGAGGAGAGGACUCGGAGGACCCGCUACGGCGGAGGGAAAGCCUCCCAUCGCCGGAUCAAUCCACCAAGUUCAACCCCAUGUUUGAGAGCGACCCGGUGACGGCGCAGUAUUACCGUCGCUACGACGACGGCGUUCCACAGGGCGACCCGGUGCCGGCGCAGUACUACCGUCGCCACGACGACGGCGUCACCCAGAAACUCUCCAGAGACCCGAGCAGCGAGGAGACGAGACCCGUCCACCAAAACACGAAUCUGACAUCAGAGGAAGUCCAGGAGCGUCUCCGGAUCCUCGACUUGUGCUCUCGAGAUCAGAACUUCGCUGACUUCGUCCGACAGACUCAAGUAUUCCUGGAAAGAAGAGGAAGCUCCGCCACGUAACCCUCAG